GAGCAGUCAGUCCAAAUGGGGUGGAUGUGGCAAUUAAUUGGAAAAGUGUCAUUCCUUGUAAUGUAUCAGGUGGAAGGACUCAAAAAGUGACAGAAAUAGUUUCAUUACAAAAUUACUAUUUUCCUAAGACCGGAUGAACUCUUGAAAUACCAUUCAUUCUUCGAUCACCUAAUAAAAGUAACAAUUCGAUUUGAAAACUCAGUGGGUAUUCUGAGGAGGAGGCACAGUGAAGCAAUGAUUGCUAGAAUAAUUCUCCUGCAGUGUUUUCUGGCCCUGAAUGUUGUGCGAGUUCUCGGCUACGGUUAUUCUUGGAAAGAGUGCACAUGGAAGAGAGAAGAUCCGAAAGAUAAAGGCAUCAUAUGGGUCAGUUGAUCUACAUUAGCGUUUGUUAGCAAAGAGGCCUCUUCUUCAAUAUGUUACUAAAACCAUUUUGCUCAUACUAUCGACGCAGAAAAAAAGCAGCCGAAAACGAAAAACAAACAAUGUCAUCCUUGUUGGUUUUACCUCAGAGUCUUCCUCCAUUUUAUUCUUCUACGAAUAAUUGAAGAAAAGUAGAGGAGUAAAGAUUUAUUUGUAAACUGACGCACUGGAAAUUCUGUUGAAGGACUGACGGAUAAGGCCAACGGAUUUCAAUUUGUACCUUUCCUUAAGUAUCAUUUUGAAAGGUUGUGGGAAAGUUUGAAGAAUUAAUCUUAGACACUGGUGCACUCCGACAGGUAUUGUAGUAUUUCUGACCUUCAUGUGCAUGUUUAGGCAAGCUUGGUGUUUGAUCGAUUGCUCUCUUAACAGGCCUGUGAGUUCCAGAAACAAGUCAGUUACACAGCCCUUCGUGUAUAUUAUUCUGGAAAUAUCAGAAUCUCUGGAUGUCAUCACUGUUGUAAUCGGUGGUAUUUCACAUUUAACGGUGUCGAGUGCAGUACUCCUGGGCCAAUAGAAGGCGCUCUGUACCAGGCCCACGCCGGAAAUCUCAACAGUCACGUGCACGGUCACAUUGAAGGUCACUGCCAUAACGUACAGGAGGGAGGGGUGAAAGUAGAAGUAAGAAUCGGUCCUUGCCUUGGCACAGGGAUACCAUUGGGGAAUGGUCACACAGGCUUUGCCACAUUGUCAAGAAUCUUUAUUGAAGAGGUGACAUUGUAUGCAACAUAA